GUAUAAUACUUUCGUACGAGUAACAAGUAUUUCUUUUUAAAAUAAUCUGAUAAAAUUAAGUACAGUUUUUUAUAAGUAUUUUUCUAAAAAUUCUGAUUACCAAAUUUAGUUGUGAAAAGUUUAAGUUUCGAUAAAAAAAAAUUUUGCCAAUAAUCGGUAACAAAAUGAGCAGUCUGGAAUUCAAGGAUAGUAAGCAGGAGGCGGGAUCUUCGAAAACAGUGAAAUCCUCAAAAGAAUCAGUUGAUGAUGUUAAUUGGGAGAAGUCUGUAGCCUCCGAAGAAUUCGAAGAUUUCAACGAGGUGGAGAACGAAAACUCGUUAUCGUCGGGCUAUGUUAAUUUCCUGAGGGACUUCAAGAAGCGAUAUGGAGAUUAUUACACGGAUCACCAGAUAAAACGGGCAGCCGAAACCCGAUGGAACGAAAUGUCAUUCCGUCAUCGAUGCCAGUACUCUGCGGAACCAAUGGACACUUUUCAUUUAAAGCCCGAUUUGGUAGAGUCCAAUAGUGGAAGUAGCCUUUCUAGCUCUAGGGACAGCGAGCACAGAAUGCAUACUGAAAGAAGAGGCCCCACAGAUACUUUCUUCGGUGCCAGCGCCACCAAAGGCAAUAGCUGCACUCCCAGAAAAAGGGAGAACCAGUGUUCCAAGCCUAGGAUGAGGAAGAGUUGCCCCAAACCGCGGGCUAAGUGCUCGAAGCCCCGUCGCAGUUGCGCCAAGCCGAAGCAAAAAUGCGCCAGACCCCGGAAAGCAUGUCCCCGCCCCAGGAAGAUGUGCGCCAAGCCGAAGCCCAAGCCCAAGAGCUCAAAGCCCAAGUGCAUGAUGUAACCGGAGGUCCAAUCUCCCACACCUAUACCCUCCCAUUUUCGGCAUCUUUAUUGAGAUAAGAAACCAGACACAAUUUCCCAAGAAUACUUAUAUGCGUUGCUAGAAUCAAUGGACUUGAAGGACCUCCAGCAACCCGGCGGCAAAGAAUCUUAAGCAGAACCAAUAAAGCAAGGCCGUAGGCCAGGAAGGCCCAAGCUUUGAUCCGCAAGGCAACGACAAGCGAUUGUACUAUUUGGAAAUAUAAAGGUUAAUGUCUAAACAAAA